AUGGGGGGAAAUUUUGCUGCACAUAUAGAUGAAGGUAUCGUUUUGGUUGUGCUGGCACUUUGGUGGAUGUAUAACAUAUAUAAAAAUUAUAUUCAGUCCUUACACGAGAAUCUGCCGUACCGGUCACAUUGCUCAUAUUACUUCAUGUUUAAGGGAAGGCGUCUUCCAUUAGAAUUGAUGCUGAAGAUUCUAUUUCCAGUUGCAGGCAAAAAUGGCAACUACCAGCAUAUCGAUAAAUUGGUUCACAUAAGCAUAUUUGCUCUGUUCAUAUUGCAUGGCGUGUCUGACAGUUUGGAAUACAGCAAAUUACCAUCCAUAAAAGGAAUGAAGUACUUUACAUUUGCAACUGCUUUCAUCUGGUAUGGAGUGGGAUUUUAUUUCCACAGUAUGCCUGAUAUAGGGAGACCACCACUAGAGAACAUCCUACACAGAUUUUUGAUACCACUUCUGUUAAUAAGUGGAUUGGCAAUGUUAUUUGAAUAUGGAUUUAGGAACAAUAUCUUACCACAAAUAGUGCGAUGUUUUUCUGUUUUGUGUGCGGGAGAAUGGAUCAUUCUUACAUCCUUUCUCUUGUUUCUACCUACACCAUUCCCAGGUUCCCGGAGAAAUCCAGCGUGGAACGAGUAUGAAAUAUCGAAUGUUCGUUUCAUGGAAGUUGCUAUCGCCUUUCUGCUGGCUGCCAAUAUAACGUUCAUGAUCGUAUCUUACACUAUGAUGGCACUGUACUUGAAAUAUGCCAGAGAAUGGUGUCAGAAAAGAGAUAGGAUAAAAUACACUUAUGCCCCGCUGACGGACUUUGAUGAAUCUUGA